AGAUCUUGGUUUCGAUCUGGAGUUUGUUUUCCCUGAAUUUUCCAAAAAGCUAGGUCAUUGUUCAAGUAUUUGUUUACUCUGAUCCCUUGACUUCAAAUACCAACAACAAAUACUUCAAUAAUCCGUGCCCGAUCAGAACACCACAGUAUUGUACCAUCUGUCACUAUCGCUCGUUGCAUAGCAGUCAUUCUCGAAAGAUCAAAGAUCGCCAAAAGACUAGUCAAAGAGUCCACCAUCCAAUCGCAAAUAUUCUCACUGGGUCUAUUCAGCUUCUUGAGAUCGUCCUGAUACCGGGCUUUUGACACGACUCAGAACGAGAAGCACUGUUCAAUGUCUACUUGGCAGUAACAGCUAUAUGAGGGGCUGUUAAUCCGUCAUCAUCCCGCCUUCGAUACUCUCCUUCCCAUAUCAUCAUGUCUAUCACAUCAUCAGAGUACCCCCAACUGCUUCCCUCACCCAAGCUCGAUGAGCAAUCGGGAUGGUGGCCGUCAGAUCGAAGUACGAAAUCUCGAUUCAAGGCCCUCUUCAGCCGGACCAAGUCACAGGACAAGGUUCCAAGAUAUGUUGCUGAAACCUUCCCACCUCACCCUAGUGUGCAACCACUCGAGCAGCAAGGCUCAAUCCCGUCCUUAGGGAAGCGAUCGCGAAGCACUACCUGGUCCAAGGGAAGCCGGACAUCCAAACAACAGAGACCCAGGAAUGUGGUAUCCUCGGAUCCACCUCCAUUGUUUCACGCCUACACACAAGCCAAGCUACAUGCUAUCCUCGACAUUCCAUCCACCUUCACCGAUGUCUUGUUACGGUCUGGCCAAGUACGGAGAAACAGCAUCUCCAGCGAGGCUCCUUCAGAGUCCAGCCUUGAGAACUCUCUUUCUCCAUCCGCGGCUGAGGCCUUGGGUAUCAGCCAUAAGCGGAAUUGGUCCAGCUCCAGUGUCUGCUCCUUGAGACAGAAACUGUUUAUCCUAACCGGCUCAGGCUACGUCCUGCAGUAUAGCGCCGACGGACAGAAUGAUCGUCUCCCAGAGAAGAUCCUAGAACUAGGACCUGACUCUGUAGCAUUCGCCAGCGAUGCAAUUCCAGGUAAACACUGGGUGCUUCAAAUCUCUCAUGAUGGACAUUCGGAGCACGUAGCUUCGCAGCACAACAAGAGUGGCCGGACAAAAUGGUCCUUCAAGAACGCCGAAAAUAAGAAGGUCAUGAAUGAUCAGCUUCUGGUCUUCGACGAUGCUAAGUCUCUCCGGAAUUGGCUCACAGCUGUCCGCAAAGAAAUCGAGCAUCUCGGCGGUGCGGAGUAUCGCUCAGAAUUCCACGACGAGCCCAAACCUGAGGCUGGUCACUCUCUGAAAGCUCAAAGGAGUCUUCCAAGCAUGUCCCAAUCUUCUCCACACUUACCUGUGGCACCAUCCCUCAACGACGAACCGGCUUCGCCAACACUGUUACCUCCCAUGCCUCGGUGGCAUACCGCACGCAAAAUCUCCAGAUCAACCACUGAGUCAUCCAUCCAGACUCUAAACGACCUUGAUCAACUCCGCAACCCAUCCUUCUCUGACGACCGCUCAGUCUCCACAGCGCACACCAGCUUCACGGAUUCUUUCAACGAAUCUUUUUCGAGCAUGGACACCCACGAUGCUCCUCCCAUGCCUUCUUACCCUCACUCACGCCUAUCCACACCGACUCAGGAGGACAUAGGCGAGUUGUCCAUGUACAUGGCUACACCCAAGAAACCUGCUCUACCCAAACGAACGACAUCCUUGGAGCAGCGAGAGGAGGCCGAUGUGAUCCGUCACGAUCUUUUUGUGCAACCCACCACCUCGGCCGAGCUGGGGGUCGCUCACGAUUCGAGACCCAUCUCAACUGUCGCUCCUCUCCCAGAGCCGGGCCAUAUCAGGAAGAUCUCUGCUCGUCACCGAUACGAUCUUCAAGUUCUUACCGCGCAACCCAACACACCUACCUCUUCUCGCCCAUCGAGUAUCCGCAGUCGGAGUUCGUCAUAUACAUCCUACACUCAGGACUCGUCACCAGAUGGACCGCAAAGACAACGGACAGCAUCGUACAGCCUGUUCCCCAAGACUCCGUCCACCGAACAGUCGCAGAUUCAGCUUUCCGGCGCCCUGCCGUCUCCGCCCGCCACUACCCCAGGCGCCGCCUACGAGAGUAUGUGCAACCAAUUGUCCUACUCUUUCCCAUCCAGCUCCGAGGAUGACAAAGACGAUACCAAGCCGCGCCGAUCAAGCAGCCGCUCAACAUCUCGACGCAACGGCAAGAUGGUGUCCAUCGACCUCAAGACCUGUGCGUCGGUCGACCAACCUCAACGCUCACCUGCCGUCACCGAAGGUCACCUCGAAACCUGCUUUGGCACUCAGCCACAUCCCAGUGGCCGUAAGCGAGCCCCUUCAGCCACAAAGGACAUGAUCGGCACCAUCACCACCACGACCCUCGAGCCCUCUCCCAGGCUCGGCGGACCAGUACCUAGACUCGACAAAGCCCCCUCCCGUAAGCGUCACGUCAAAGGCCAAAAGAGCCUGCCCGCAUUGCUUGUCAAUCGCUCAGCAACACCGACAAUGCCACUGCCUGCUGCGCCCAUCGGUCCUCCGCCCAGCGGUCCCCUCCCAGCUUUACCAACCGAGGAGUCGUCGUGUCUUCCGCCACUCAAGAAAUUGACGGGCUACAAGCCGCGACCACCCCCAAAACACGCAAAGGCCGAGUCUUCAGACGCGGUGUACACGUUGAAGAAAAUGGGCGCCGCGGCGCCGGUGCUUCAUGAGAUUCCCCCACCUGCUGUUCCGCCUAAAUCGGCGAAGAGGGCUGAGGAGAUUGCUGCCGCUAAGAAUGCGCAGGCUCAGGCUCAGGCUCAGGCUCAGGCUCAGCGACAGGAGUUGGUUCGGGCUGUCACUACCACGGCUGCCAGCAGUACUACCACCAUUGUUCCUGCGGGUCACUCUGCUGCUGCUGCUGCUGCUCCCAGCAAUGCCACAACAGAUGCUACUGCGAAAAGUGUGGCCCACCACACACGAAACCUCUCGUCCAUCUCUUCAGUUGGUUCGGUGAGGCACGUCACGGCUUGGCUGGCGAGUCCGCGCGUCGCCGUCUUCUCGGCCAGCUAUGAAAGUGACGAUGACAACAAGGAGAACAGGAUCCAAGGUGACGGCCUGGGUCUGUCGGCGCCGAAGUUGAAUGUUCCGGUGCUGGAUUCCCCGGCUUUUAGCAAAGGGUUUGAAGCCUUGAUGUCCUAAGUGACGUUGUCCAUGUGCUAUGCUGUUAUGUUUGAUGAUAUUUUUGAUGGUUGCGCACACAGCUGUGCCAAUGCCAAUGUUACUUGUUCAUGAGUCAUGUCGAUUGAAUGUCGGCAACUGAAUUGCGGACUUUGAUGUUUUCAUGUUUAUGAUGUCUAUGACUUUCUUCGAAUGGAUAUGGGAAUGGGGAUCCCAAGACCCAAGGCUUUCUGGGCUGGCUGGCAUUGGAAAACUGGAUGGGAUCUGGGAAUGGAAUUUGGGAUACGGGAUAUGGAAAGGACCUGCUACCGUUUACAGGAUUUCCAGAUUUGAGCUUUGCUUGGAUAUGCUAUAUACGAAUUCUGAAUAUAGAUUGCAUCCAUCAAACCUUCGCUUCCCUCAAAUGUCAUUGACGCUGGUAAACGUGGAUUGAUACUACCUGUCUAC